UAUUUUUCACAUUGUUUAUUUUAUUAAUACAAUUUACAAAAAUUAUUUAUUAACAAAAUUCUAACAAAUUAUUAUCAUUAUUAACAUAAAAGAUUAAUGUAGUAAUCAACUUAUCUCUAGAUUUUAUUUCAAUUCAAAGAUAAUAUAUUGAUAUAUAUGCUAGCUGAUUGCUAUUAAUACAUACAUUAUGAAUUAAUAUCACAACAUUAUUCAAUCAAUAGAUGAUAUUUGUUAUUUAUUUGAUAAACAAUUAAUCUAAUCGGGCUUCUUGAAACAUUUUUGGCGCACCUGCAUAUGCAGCUGCAUGCUUAAAAAAUUAAAUAAUUUUGAUUAUUGUCUCGUUUAGAUUGGCUUCAUUAUUUCUAUUUUUUGAUUUUAUUAAGAUAAUCAUAAAAAUAUCAAUUAAUAAACGAUUAUCCGAAGAUCGUGCAGACAAUCUUGUAAUCGAAAUGGUUUGACAUAAAAGAUAAUGUUCAAACAAGUUUAAUGAGAUUACAAAUUCACAUUGAAUUCACCUUGUAUCAUAAAGAUUAUCGAUUGCACGAUUGUCUAAAAUUGUGGCAGACGACGAUCCACAAUAAUCCGUCAAAAUACGUCUAUGUGCACGCGUCAUGAUCUGUAAUGAUGAAAACACGAAACUGUCUCGGUAUUCGGUUAGAUUGCUUAUCGAUAUACGAAUUGGAUGAACAAUCGAUUUUUGCGGAGACUAAUUUCCACGAAAGAAAGAAGAGAGGGGAGGGGAGAGAAGGGGGAAGAAAAGUGAAAGCAGACGCGACAUAUUUUGCGACUCCUUUCUUUUCGUCGCGGUGUCUGAGGCGCGACGAUUAGAUAAGGCGCCGGUUCAUAGUACGUCCGAGAUGCAGUCCUCAUAAGAGACCGGGAUCCCCGAGGCCCAGCCUCAGUUAAAGCUGCGUAUGCAAACCGACAAUUAAAGACGGGACGAGUCGCCCCGACGGGUAGCUUUCUUUUCUGUGAUUAUUGGCAACAGCAUUGCUUAAUUUUCGUGUAUGUUGUGUCAUUUUUUGAUUGCUUCCAUCGUGACAUCCACUUCUGACGAGAAAGAGAGAGAGAAAGAGAGAGAUAAUUUAUUUCUAUCUGCGAUUAAAGUACAAUCAACCCUUAAGAAGAACUGUCUCGCAUUUCGCCAGCCUCUUCCUUCGUUAUUUUCCAAGAUUAAGGUAUGAGUCCUGGGUAUAAGGAUUUUUACCGAUCGACUGGGCCCCUCGAGUCGUAACCCUCUCGGAUAGGGUUUCCGAAGGCAAAACACUAAAGGGCUGAAACGAAGAUGCCCGCUUGCUCGAGCGAGAGCUCGUCCAGAUUAUGGUCCUCCAGCCCACCGAUGUCACGUAGCAGCAGCGUGUCGCCGUCGCUACCCGGCACACCGUUGUCCAUGUCGCCGCCCCGGACGUCGCCUGUGUCCAUGUUGAAGCGCACGACGUCGAACGUGACCGUGCCGACGUCCAACAGCUCAUCGAACAUCUCCCGGGCGUCGUCGCUCUCGAGCAUAUCGACGGUGAUACUAUCCCAGAGACGACAGCAGCAACGGCAACAACAGCAGCAGCAGCAGCAGCAACGGGGUACGGCAUCAGCGGCAGAUAGUCGAAACGUCGAGCGUAGCAACGAUUCCAUAUUGUCGAGGAUCUUGUCUUGGUACUUCGGACUUUUGUCCGGUCUGUUUCGAAGUGUCUUUAAUGUCAUCGGCUAUGCGAUCUGGGCGCCCGCUCUCUGGGCGUCCGCCUGGGUUUGCCUGUUCUGGGUGAUUCUUCAGCUGCCGUUGACCGCCCUCAAGUGGUUCAUCACCGUGCUCCACACCCCGGCGUACGAGAGAUCGCGCAACAAGCGGUGCGUCCUGAUCAGCGGCGGUAGCACGGUGCAGGCGGUACAUCUCGCGCGUAACUUCUACAAGGCUGGUGCCCGGGUGGUGGUGUGCGAACUCGAGGGCAUGUUCGGUCUGGCCAGAUUCUCCACCGCCUGCUGCAAAUACUAUACGAUACCGCGGCCCGGGCCCAGGAACGUCGUCGAGUACAUAAAGGCAUUGCGGGAUAUCGUUCAACGCGAACGAGUGGCCUACUACAUACCGGUGAGCGCCGCCAGCACGGCGUACUACGACGCCCUGGCGAAGCCGCAUCUGGAGAUUAUGGGCUGCGAGUGUUUCGUGCCGGACGCCAGCGAGGUGACCGCCCUGGACGACCCGUUGGAGUUGCUGCGACGCUGCCGCAUGCUCGGUCUCAUCACCCCGCAGCACUUCCUGCUGCGAUCGAUGGAGGACCUAUCCGCGCUCUACGAGCGGAACGCGUUUCGCACCGGCAGGUACAUGAUGCUGGCCGCCGGUCCCGCCGGAAUGCGCGAUCGCGCUAAAAUCUUGUUGCCACCCACCAUAAGGGAGUUCCGGAAUCAGCAGCACGAAAUCAGCGAGAGGCGACCGUGGGUGGUGAUCCGCGAUCCCGGCGGGGACCACUUCGUCACCUGUACCACACUCAAGGAGUCGCGGAUCGUGGCGAACGUGAUCUGCCGAGUGGACGAGGCGCGGGGUCUCAUACCCGAGGAACAUCCGGAGGUCACGCGGUGGCUCGAGCAGUUCUUCGCCCGUUCCUUCGGCGGCAGGAUCAACGGCCACAUGAGUUUCCGGCUGGCGGUGUCGGAGGAGGUAGGCGAGCUGGUAGCCGUCGGCUGCCGUGUGGGUGUGAGCCUACCCUACAUCUGCCAUACGGGAAUACACCCGCGUCUGGUGUGGAAACCCUGUCGGCACUUCUCCAGGCAGAACUCGGCGUUGUUGGGCAUGGGAGGCUCGAGUCGGCAGCUGCUGACCGACGCCGUGGCGACUCUCAAACAAUCAACCAGCGAGACCGCGCCUCAUCUUCUGGGCACGGUGCUGGACAAGCGGGAGUCCCUCUUCGUGUACUGGGACCCGUUGCCCUACUGCGCCUACUAUCAUCUUCAAUUGCCAUUCAGGCGCGUCGCGGAGGCCAUCAGGACGCAACAUAAUCCACCCCUGGCGGUGGUGCAAUAGAGCGAUUUUUCCCUUAAAGCGAAGGGUUUUCUUGUCUUGAGAUUCCUUCUGUUUUGUAUACCAUCGUCCACAUCAGCUGCUCUUAUCGCGAGGGUCAUCACAAGAGCGUCUGAUAUUUAACCCGUGGUACUCGUGGUACCAAGGGCUGGAGUGCAGGUGGUAUUUGAACCUCAACGUUGAUUACAAGAUUCUUCGAGAAGAAAUGAAAUGUACCAAAGAGGGGAUCCGCGGAUGAAUCCCGGACAAGACCGUACUUAUUUCUUUUUUCAUGAGUAAUUGUGUAGAGUGUGAUAUUAUUUAUUGGAGAACAAUGUAUCUGCGUGCGAUGUAUCCGUUUCACACACGGCCGAUGGCGAAAAGGGCUGUUCCUUUUACCCUGUUACCUUUGCGCCGCAACAUAUAAGUGAAUACGGAACUCUAACAAUUUCGCGAUUUCAUAGAGUGCGUGUGUGAAAGAGAGAGAAAGGUAGCGCGUAUAUGUAUGCGUGUAUGUAAUUUCAUUUCACUUUCUUUCACUUAUUAAUUAACGAUUAUGAUAUAAGUACGUAGCGGGGUAAUAUUUCGCUGAGGAAAGGAAGCGAUGGGACAUGCGGUGGUGUGCCAAUCAGAGAACCAGAAAAGUAAGAGCCUGGCAAGGGCGUGUUUUCCGACUCGAGAGGGAUUUGCGAAAGUAUCGUGCCACCGGCGAUCGCGGAUUUUUUUUCCAACGAAAGUGAGCGAGUUAAAAAUACGUGCAAAGGUCAAGUACGACUCGUAAUCGUUCGGCUCGAAAAGAAAAGGGAGGGAAGCGCGACUCUAUCUCUGCGCCUGCACCGUACGUGCUGCUACAUUCGGAGCAUCUCUGCAUCUUCUCGCCUCGAUUGGGAGACAAGCGCGUGUAGGAGAGAAGCGUGAUCGGACACGAAUGGAAAAAAAAAACACAUGCUCUUGGCGAGCUGCGACGAGCUAUCAAUACUGUUGAUUGUACUAAACGGGCGAGACUUUUGCGCCGCGAUUAAUAUAUGUUCCUAUCUUCUGUAGACUGGUACAGCAACGAUGGCGCACAAUAAUGAGGGAUGAGGGUGGGCGGGGGAUAAGAAGAGAUCCUUCAAUUCUAAUUUCACCUUUUUUUUCGUUAUACUUUGCCGUAAUCGUGAGGCUGCGAUUGCGAGAAGGGUCGCUUCCUUGAAUUCUUCGAAUCAAUUUGUUCGAGUCUGCUAUUGAUCUGGCCACUAAGAUGCUAAGAGGUCACACUAAAAAAAAACGAGAGAUUUCAUAUUUAAAACGACGUUUAUCACCUGUGCGAGUGUAUAUAAGCGGCGAUAGACUAACGAUAUUCCAGAGAGGAUAAUCUAUGAUUUUUCUAUUGUUAUUGAAUUGUGAUCGAUCGCAAAUUCUCUUUUUCGCGCAGAGGCGUAUUAGCGAGAGACGUACAAUCGCUGAUGAUAGGACUAUUUAUGAACUAUUGUGCACAGAUCAAUACAGACGCCGGUGAUGCAAACAUUGUCUUUACUCAUCGAGCGUGCUCUCGCUGUUUCUCUCUUUCUCUCUCUCUCUCUCUCUUUCUCACAAACACGAUUACUUGGUACAUGUUUUGUAAAUAUCAGCGCAUAAUCGAUGGAAGUGACUUAACCCUUCCGAUAUCAUUUCUUCCUUUUACAUGAAAAAAGCACGAGGUAUUUAUAUAUCGAUAAGUUCAUAAUGCGUUUCGAUUCUUUUUUUUUUUUUACAUUGCGUUAAAUCGGACUUAGUAAUUCUCGCAACUGAGACGUAUCUCAGCGCUUUGCAAUAAGACGAGCGAUUAUUUAUUGCUUUAUUCUUUAUUCUCGGUGAAACACUUUUCGAAUGUGUCUCGGGAUUAGGCGAACAUGUCGAAAUGUAUCCUGAUGAUAUCGAAAGGAUUAACGGAGAUUAAUAGAUUUAUCUAAGUGUUUAAUGUAUUUCGUUGCGUAGUUUUUAUUUUGAAAGUUCAGCUUUUUCGAGAGAAUUUUUCGAAAUACUUCAAGAAUCUAUGUUAUUUCCGAUAAAUAUAAUCCAUAUUGUCAACUUUUCAUUAAUAAAUAUGCAAAAAAACCUUGAAUUACACUCAA